AUGCUGUUGCGCUGGCUGAUCUGUGGUGUGCCCUACCGGCAGGGCUGCAGACAUCACCCUGUGGCCAUCGGGCACGUUCGCUGGUGCAGAGGCAUCGCGACUGUCACUGGCGCGGAGGCUGAGCAUCUCGGGUGCUGCCUGCCAAAUCGUCAAUAUCGGCUCAUCGACGGGCAAGAAGGCUACCUCAGCAUCAAUUGCAUGGUGCUGCAAUCGGGUGAUUUGAACUGGCUUUCCGCGUGUUGCCGUGCUGUGGAGAUGCUGCAGCUGCGGUGGCUGGGCCCAGAGAUGAGCAUCGAAGCAGCGUGGCUAAGCACCUGGGCGCUGUCCCUCAGGCUGUUGACAGUGCAGUUCUGGUACGACGAUUGCCUGGGCUCUCCUCCAGUCAUGGAGGUGACGUGCCUGAUCCUCGAGACUUGCCAAGCACUGGAGGACCUGUGCAUCACCGGCAUCGACUGGCCUAAGGCAAAGCUUGCGAUUCUUCGGGCUUUGCAAACCCUGGAGAAGCGGCCACUGCUGAAAAGGCUCUCCCUGGAAGGCUCGCAAGUGUGGCACGAGGACGAACUUCGGAUGAUCAAAGCCAUGAUUCCACGGGUUGACGUGACCAUCCUGGCUGACCGCACCCGCUGA